AUGGUUGGCAUGCAAGAAGGAGAAGCCCAGAAUCCAGAGAAUAAGCAGAAGAAGAAAAGAGAGAGUGGAGUGAUUGAUCAAUGGCGACUACUCUGAAAAAUAAUAAUAGUCGUAAACAUAAUCAUCAUCCCUUCUCCCUUAUCAUCAUCAACUUGUGGUUGCUGUCGUCUUCUUCUCUUGUGGGUGCAGAUGCUGAUGAUCAACAUCUUCACCCCACCUCCAAACACAUUAUUCAAACCCAUUACCAUACUCUUCAAAUCAACUCUCUCUUCCCAGCUUCUGUCUGCAGCACUAAUACCACUCCAUCCACAGGUUCCAGCAAGAGGCAAUCAACCUUGGAAGUUUUCCAUCGGCAUGGUCCAUGUUCUCAACUAGGUCAAGACACGGACGCCACCAUCACUACACCAUCCGUGAGUGAGGUCCUUUCCCAUGAUCAAUCUAGGGUCGAUUCAAUCCAAGCUCAAGUCAAAUCAGACUCAAGCAAAGUCAAAAUCAAGAAUACUAACUCGAACCCAAACAAGCUCAAGGACAAAAAAGCCAACCUCCCAGUGCAAUCGGGCCGGUCACUUGGCUCGGGAAACUACAUCGUGACUGUUGGCCUUGGGACCCCAACAAAAACGCUAUCGCUCAUAUUUGACACAGGCAGUGACCUAACUUGGACUCAGUGCGAACCUUGUGCUAGAUCAUGCUACCAACAACAAGAUCCCAUUUUCAACCCUUCUGCCUCGGCGUCAUACUCCAAUAUAUCCUGCAACUCACCUCAAUGCUCUCAGCUCUCAGGCGCCACAGGCAACAAGCCGGGCUGCUCCUCCACGACGUGCGUCUAUGGGAUACAAUACGGUGAUCAGUCCUUCUCAGUAGGGUUCUUUAGCAAGGAUAAACUUACCAUAACAGCAACUGAGGUGUUCCCAAACUUUCUAUUUGGCUGUGGCCAAAACAACCAAGGGCUGUUUGGCAACACAGCAGGGCUACUAGGCCUUGGCAGAAACAGUCUAUCAAUAAUAUCCCAAACUGCACCCAAGUAUGGCAAAUACUUCUCCUACUGCCUCCCAUCAACUUCAAGCUCAACAGGGCACUUGACACUAGGCAAAAGUGGAGUUUCAAGAAAUGUUAAGUUCACCCCCUUUGCUAGCUCACAGGGGACGUCGUUCUACUUCAUCGAUAUUCUGUCAAUAAGCGUGGGCGGACGCCAACUACCAAUCAGUCAAUCUGUUUUCACAACUGCUGGCAGCAUAAUCGACUCUGGCACGGUCAUAACACGGCUCCCGCCCGCGGCCUACAGCACAAUGAGCGCAGAGUUCAGGAAGCAGAUGGUGAAGUACAAGACUGCACCAGCCUACUCGAUAUUGGACACUUGCUAUGACUUGAGCGGUUUAACUACUAUUACCAUUCCGACUAUAUCUUUCACGUUCGGUGGCAGUGUGAAAGUUGAUCUGGCUCCAUCAGGAAUACUCCUGGCCGUUAGUACAUCACGCGUAUGCCUCGCUUUUGCAGGAAAUAACAAUGCCGAUGAUGUGGCCAUCUUCGGGAACACUCAGCAGAAGACAUUGGAGGUGGUGUACGAUGUUGGCAGAGGGAACCUAGGAUUUGGCCCUGCAGGAUGUAAGUAAGUAAAAUGGUGUGAGAAAUUGGUACUCAGAACUGAUACAUGCAUUUCACUUACCUAGUUUAUAAUGUAAGAAUAAGUUAGACUGAAGGGGAAAAGGGAUCAGUUAAGAAAAUGUGAACUGAAAUGGCUAAGAGAUUUGCAGGCAAAUGUAUAGUGAUAGCAUAUACAGGCUUGUGGUUGAUGGUCGUAAGUAGGAAACACCACUAUGUUCUACAAA